AUGAGCUCCCUUGGCGGUAUGGUUGAAGAUGCUAGGAUGGAUUGGAUCAUUCACCUUGAUACUGAUGAGUUGAUUCAGCCAGCUGGUGCCCAAGAGUACUCCCUGAGGCGAUUACUUUUAGAUCUUCCUGACAAUGUUGACAUGGUUAUCUUCCCCAAUUAUAGAGCAAAGAUUGAUUGGCGUGAUGACAUUAAGGAUCCUUUCACCGAGGUUUCCAUGUUUAAGAAAAAUUAUGAUCAUCUUCCGAAGGAUACAUACUUUGGUCUAUACAAAGAAGCAACACAUGGUAAUCCAAACUACUUCCUUACUUAUGGUAAUGGGAAAUCGGCUGCAAGGGUUCAAGAGCAUUUGCGUCCAAAUGGUGCUCAUAGAUGGCAUAAUUACAUGAAAUCCCCAAAUGAAAUCAAAUUGGAGGAGGCUCUGCAUUACACCUACACAAAGUUCUCAGACCUAACCUCAAGGACGGAUAGGUGUGGUUGCAAGCCAACUAAAGAAGAUGUGAAGCGAUGUUUUAUCUUGGAAUUUGACCGUUUGGCUAUCAUCCGUGGCCUCAAGGAAUCCGGUGUCUUUACCAAUGCAGUAACAUCAACGAAAGCACAGUAA